UCCUCUGAGAUGGAGGGAGGAACGAGAGACACAGAAGAAGAGAGAGAGGAAGAGAGAAGGAAGCCAUUUUGGUUCCUCAGCGACUCGUCGGCUGCUUUUUGCUUUCUUCUCCUCACGAAACAACGAGAACGUUGAGGAAGUCAAACUGUGAGGAGACGGACGUCAUUUUACUCUCUGGGACUUCUUUAAUAUUUAGAUCCUCAGGGCGGAGCGUUGAGGAGCGAGAACGUGAAGAAGAACAAGAACAGCUGAAGAAGAAGAAGAGGAAGAAGAAGAAGAGCAGGUGGAUGGUGGUCUCUGGUUUCAGUCUUUCAGGAUGAGCUCUGACCGAGUGCCGUCCAGGGCGGAGGUGACGGGGUGGAGCCCACAGCAGCUGGCCGACUACCUGAAGAGGAUGAAUCUCUCUGGUUGUGAUAAAGUGGUUCUGAAGAACUCAAUCAGUGGAUCCAGAUUCGUGAAUCUGAGUGACAACGACCUUCAGAAGUUCCCCAAACUUCACGCUCCGAUGAUCUCAAAGUUCAGCACUGAAAUCAGCAGGAAGGAGGAGAGAAGAGGGCUGUUUGGUAAAAAAUCAACUCCCAAAUAUCAUGAACCAGACGUUCAGGGUUGGGGUGAAGACGAGUUUGAUGAGUUUGACGAUGACUACGAGAGUCCGUUCAGCGGUGAUGAAGACGAGGGCAGCGGCGGAGACUACGAGUCCCCCAAUGAAGACCUGGACGGGGCCAACGACUACGAGCCCCCCCCCACCGAGCCCCCCGAGGACCUGGUCCACAAGCUGUGCCCCACGCUGCCCAUUGCAGACAGCGACUACAUAGAUAGCCAUGUGGCAUCCAGGGGCCCGCCCCCUGCUGUGUGUCCCCGACCCCCGGCCUCCACCCUGUCUGCACCGUCCCUCCAGAUGCCAGCAGAGACCAGAAGAGACCGCUCCCCAAACCUUCCUCCGGGACCGCCGCAGAUCUUUCGUUGCCACAAACCGGGUCGAGAUUCAGGACCGAACCUGUCCCCCGUCAGAGGACCUCAUCGCAACACAGUGGACAAGCCGGGCCCACAUCCUCGGGGGCCUCAGCUAGACUCCCCCAACCCCCCUACCUGGUCCAAACCACCUGUCCUCCCUCUGGCCUCCACCUCCGUCAGUAGGAGCAACUCCUCCGCCCGGCCUCCUCCCAACAGGUUUGAUGUGAGGAGAGAGCAGAACGAAGCUCCUAAACACAACACCUUCCCCCUUCCCGGUAAAAGUCUACCCCCCCGCCCCGGGCUGCCGGGGCUCCCUUCACACCAAGGAAACAGUUUGCCUGCCAGCGUUCCUUCUGCUGGAUCUCUGCCUCACAAGCUGCAGUCUGCGAUGGCCGGACAGCGAAGCAGCUUCGUAGCAUCAGACAGAAAGUCUAUCCGUCCUCCUUCACCUGCGUCCUUAAACACACAGGAGCUGGACCCUCGCUGGUACGUGGGCAAAGUGACCAGAGGUCAAGCAGAAGGAUGUCUGAAACGAGUCAACAAGGACGGGGCGUUCCUGGUGAGGGACAGCACCCGGCAGCAGGCCAACCAGCCCUUCACCCUGAUGGUCCUCUACCAGGACAAGGUCUACAACAUCCAGAUCCGCCAGCAUAACCACAACUUCCUGCUGGGAACAGGACUCAAAGUGCAAGAGUUCUUCCCCUCAGUGAUCGGCAUCGUCGGUCAUUACUCCCAGAAUCCUUUGCUCCUCAUCGACGCCAAAAACCGCGCCUCCGGACAGCAGAACCAAUGUAUGCUAGCCGACCCGGCCGGGUAUCAGAUGAGCAGGCAGCAAUGGUCCUGACGGGGUCAACGGGGUCACAGAACUAAACCAAAGCGAAACCAACAGGCAGAAUUGGUUAAAACGUCUGAUUUUUGCACACGUUGCUUCAUUUGCUUAUUUUUUAAAGAUAUAAUAAUUAUAUUUUGUGUCUUUAAAGGUUUUAAGUUUUUAAUGUUUGUACAAGAAGUUGGAUGAACGCUGUAUUUGUACAACUUUAAAGUAGAUUCAUGAUUCAAACUAUGCCUGUUUAUGUAUGAUGCUGAGCUGAAUAAAUCCCAGGUUCUUUAAUUGUA